AUGUCUACACAUGGACAAUUCGUACUGCGAUUCUACGCGCUGACAACUAUCGUUCUACUGGUUCCGGUAUGUGUCGCACAAUUGCCAGGAAGUUCCACCACCGACAGCGAUACGACAUCUCAAACCUCAAGUGGAUUCGGCUACGAAUUACUUCGCAGUCAGCUGGAUGAGAUGCAAGCAAGCAUUUUACAGCUGCAACAAAUCGCAGAACGUCGUAACGAAUGUGCUGGACUAGACAACAAUAUCGCUACCAUUCUGAAUCGUUUGGAAAAGAUCGAGAUGGGUUUGAAAGAAUCGGGUCCACCACAUUCAGGUCCAACAAACAUUCCGGAGUUUAACUUCAACGAAGAAAGACUACAAACCAUUAUCGGUAACAUUCUUAACUCGCGACAACGCAACUCGAGGGUUCAGGAGAUCCACGACAGAAUCCACCCUCCGUUUCGACCAAAUGCGCCUCGGCCACCUGUUUUCGACCAAGUUUACGACUCCUGUGACGAUGUUCCGUCGUCCGGCGUAUGGAAGAUCCGAAAUGGCAUCCAAAUUUCCAACGUGCAAUGCUUUAAAUUUUAAUUUGCCGAGCGGCAUUUUGUAUCCCAUCAAUCGGAGCGUAAUUUGAAUAAAAUUGUAAAAACGUUCACAG